UCUAAGCAUGGCUUUGCACAGUCUCUAGACCAAUGUGAGAGUCUAGAAAGUGUUCUAUGUGCAGUCCAACACUAUGUGAAAAAUGCUCAGAUACUUCAGAGUUAAGACCUUGGUUCCACCCAGGGCAGGUGACUCUGAGAUGUGUGUCAUCUUUGCCUCCCUCCUGAGGAGAGAUGUGGGUGGAAAACAGGAAGGGCUGUGUGGGGACCUCCAACUAGAAGCAUAUGUAUCUGGGUCAUUGGCGUUGUCAAAAGUGACAGCAGUAGUAGUAGGCUGCCCAGAGUUUCCUUCUGAAGGGCACUCAAUGUCAUGGGUGGAAGAAGCAGACUUAGCCCAGAAGACAACCAGAGACUCAGAAGAUAUCUGAGUCUGUUUUGCCAUCAUCCAGGUUUUCUGAAGAAGUGUAGGAAUAAACGUCCACCUAGACUUCAAUUUCAGUUAAGAAAUUUGUGUAACUAGGAUUUCUGAACGUGACCCAUGUAUAAUCCUGGGCUACCUAUUUCAGGUAACACCUAUUAACGUCCUACUCCCUCACCCCCCGCCAAGGAAUGAAGCACAGCCCUUAUGCCAAGGGCACAAGAGAACCUGGGUUCUUUGUAUUCAUAGCUAUAAAAUUCUGGUUUGUGGGGAAUUGAAGACAAGAUAGGAGCAUACCUGACUAAUUUGGCUUUUCUCUCAUCUCUGCAGAUUUCUCAGGGAAUGGAUAUGAGAAACCAUUCCACAGUGGCUGAGUUUCUUCUUUCAGGAUUAACUGAUCAACCAGAGCUUCAGCUGCCCCUUUUCUGCCUCUUUUUAGGGAUCUACAUGGUUACCGUGGUGGGAAACCUCGGUAUGAUCUCAAUAAUUGGGUUGAAUUCUCAACUUCACAUGCCCAUGUACCAUUUACUCAGUAAUUUGUCUUUUAUAGACAUCUGUUAUUCUUCUGUCGUUACCCCCAAAAUGCUGGCUGGGUUUUUAUGCAGAGAUAAAGCUAUAUCCUACAAUGGAUGCAUGACUCAGCUGUUUUUUUCCCUGUAUUGUGUCAUAUCAGAGUGCUACAUGUUGGUGGCAAUGGCCUAUGAUCGCUAUGUUGCCAUCUGUAGCCCAUUGCUUUAUAAUGUCAUCAUGUCCCCUCAGGUCUGCUCUCUGCUGGUGGCUGCUGUCUUCUCAAUAGGUUUUACAGAUGCUGUGAUUCAUACAGGUUGUAUAUUAAGGUUGUCCUUCUGCGACUCAAACAUCAUUAGCCAUUAUUUCUGUGACAUUGUCCCUCUUAUUAAACUCUCCUGUUCCAGCACUUACAUUGAUGAGCUUUUGAUUUUUAUCAUUGGUGGGUUUAACAUGGUGGCCCCCAGCCUGACAAUCAUCAUGUCAUAUGCUUUCAUCCUCUCCAGCAUCCUCCGUAUCCACUCUAAAGGGGGCAGGUCCAAAGCCUUCAGUACCUGCAGUUCCCACCUGACAGCUGUUCUUAUAUUUUACGGGUCCCUCAUGUCCAUGUAUCUCAAGCCUGCUUCCAACAGUUCACUCACUCAGGAGAAAGUGUCCUCAGUAUUUUAUACCACUGUGAUUCCAAUGUUGAACCCCCUGAUAUAUAGUCUGAGGAACAAGGAUGUGAAAAAUAUACUGGUAAAACUCUUAAGAAGAAAGAUAUCUUCAUAA